AUAUGCUAAUUCAUUUUUAGAAGGACCUGUAUUUCUCCCCAAUAGGUUUGUACAGGGCUCAUUUUAAAUGCCUGAAGCACACAAGAGUAAUGUAUGGGCUUUGGUAUGUUUUAAAAAUAAGAGAUAAACAUGCAAAACAUUUUGCUGAUCAAAUAAGUUUAAUUUUUGUGGAAAAACACCAGCAAGUGUGUGAACCAUGAGGUCCAGCUCCCAAGCUCUUUUAACAGUUCCAAAAACCCGCCACAAGACUCGCGGCAACAGAGCGUUCUCUGUGGUUGGGCCCAAACUGUGGAACAAGCUACCUCUCAACAUCAGGACCACACAGAGUCUAGAGCAUUUUAAAUCCCUUCUUAAGACGCAUUUUUUUGAUUUGGCUUUUAAUGCAGGCUGACUUGAGCAUCUUGAUAGUUUUCAACAGUUUAUGUUAUAGAUUGUGAAUGUUGUGGGCUCAUCUUAUUUUAGGUUUUUAUUGUUGAUCUGUUGUACCUUGAUUUGUUUUACCUUGUACAGCGCUUUGGGUGUAGCUUUGCUGCUGUAAAUGCGCUCUAUAAAUAAAAUUGACCUUGAUCUUAACUUACCGGUUUUCCUUUACAAUUGUAGCUUCAUAUUACAAAUAAAGUAAAGAUAGGGGGUGAUUAAAUGUACACAUAAAAAGAAAAAAGUUCAUUCCUACAGCGCAACAAUCCAAACCCAAUUAUUUAAUACAUGGCACCAAAGAGCCAGAUUAAUUGAAAUCCCAAUAAAUGUUCAGUAUGUUUUUUUGAUGCUUUAUUUUGAACUUUGGCUGCUUUUCUCUCCUACUGAGUCCUUGUACCACACAAUGACAGCAUUUUACAUAACAUUUGUUGUAAGCUUGAAAUUAAUUCUUUGUGAAGUUUUUUUAUUUGUUGAAAAAAAUAUAUUUAAUUGGCUUAACAGACAAAAACAGUCAUUGUGAGUAGUCAUUGGCCGAAACAGAACGAAACUUAAUGUUUGCAGUUCAGACAUUUUUGAAGUUAGUUAAAAGGAGCACUUAUUGUGACUUUAACCAGUCUACAUCCACCCAAAAAUUAAUAACAAAAAUGAGAAAACCCUCAAACCCUUUUCUGAAAUGUUUUCAACGAUUUGUUCCACAGUACAGACCAAAUAACGUAAAAUAAAUUGUACUAUAUAAUUAAGUCUGUGAGCUAACGUAUAUUUACAAUGAGAAAGAAAAUGUGUACUCAUUAUUGUUUUCAAUGAAACCAGCACAGAAGACUUGAGGAAACUCCGGUAUAGUUUUUUCUUGUCCUACAAUUUGGAGACAAAUGGUUUUUCCUGGUUGGCUGCAGUACGGACCAAUGAGAGAGGAAAGCGCGAGGAGGAAAAACAUGGAGGACAAGAGGAAUCAAAACAUUGUUGCUGCCGCUUGAACACACAAAUCUGUCAAUAAUAUCUAUAAUGUAUCACACUUAGUGUUUAAGUUUUGAGUUAUUCGUUUCUUUGAGGGUGUUUUUGUUCGGACAGCGAAAAUAAAAUGUCACUGAGUGCGACGUGUGAGUCCGUGUCCCGGAAGAGGACUCUGUCCAGCCUCCUCGCUGGUCGUGUAAUAAAGAGGCCAAAGCAAGAAGACCGUCAGAGGCUGCAGGAGGCAGCAAUCCAGCUGCUGGAGCAGAACCAGAACAUCUGCAGUCUGUUCAGGGAGUUGGGGAAGCCAAAUCAGUGCAAUAUUUUAAGUUCUCAAAAUGAAGAAGCGAAACGGGACGAGUCUGGCAGUAUCUCCUCUGUUGUUGCUGGGUCACUGCUUGGGAGUGAGCUCCGGUGUCAAGCCAAACUGCUGGGUGUCCCUGUGACGGUGCUGUCUGUAAAAUCAGUGUUGGAAAGACUGAUGGAGAUCACCGAAGAGAAAAAGGAGGAAGAGGACGAGGACAGAGAGAUGCUCACAAUCUCUCAGAGAGUUCAGGUGGGUUUUCUGUUGGAGUCCAGCAGGGAGCUGCUUUCUCAGGGGAUCCUCUGCCCCAAACUGCUCUGGCAGGAGUUCAGGAGGGAUCAGAAGCUUCCCAAACUGGAGGUGGUUUAUUAUCUUCACCGUUACAACAUCCUCACUCUGAAGUACAUGGUAGAGAGUGAUGAAGGUGUGCGAUCGUGGCUGGUUCCUCGGUUAAAGGCUCUCUGUGGCUGGACGCCUCCGCUGGGAGAAGAAGAAACCAAACAAGUUCAACGGAGAGUUUUAACAACCGUGGUUGGAGUCUUGGUAGCAACAGCGUUUGAGCAAAACCGAGCUGUAGCGGCGGCAGACAGGAAGAUCUCCGUGCUCUGCUGCUCUGUGUUGGAUGACGUGCUCUUCUGGCUUCUGGACACCGUGGAUGAAUGUGGGGCGAAGCAGUCUUGUGGAGCAGGAGCUCAGCGAUGGAUUCAGACAUUUGAUGCUUCCCUUUGUGGCGUUUCCGUGUCACCAGAAGCACUCCAGCGUUUCUUCACUCACUCCCUCACACAAACUCUCACCCACAACCCCCAACUCACAGUGUCUGACGCCGUCGCCUUACAGAGUGAGUGGACCUUUGCUAAAGCCAGCCACUCACUGACUUCACUUUUCCGGAAGCUGGCUGUGAUCUUCAGCGUAGAGCAGCUGCUGAGUCAUCUGCAGCAGGUUCUGGAGACCCACGAGGUGAACUGGAAGCACGUCCUGUGCUUCCUCUCCACUCUGCUGGUCUACUACCAGUCUUCCCAGUCCAGUGUCAAAGAGUUGUUGUCCAGACUGCUGAACUCUGCAUUUGAAGGUUACGACCUGGAGAGCAUGAUCACCGCCUUCCUGUUGGCGCGACAGGGCGCCCUUGAGGGUUCCGCCAUCUUCCCGUCCUACAGCGACUGGUUCAAGAUGUCUUUUGGUGGUAGCAGCAGCUAUCAGUCGAACAGCAAGAAGUCUCUGGUGUUCCUGCUGAAGUUCCUGUCUGACUUGGUUCCCUUUGAGCCUCCACAGUACCUCAAGAUUCACAUCCUGCAUCCUCCUUACGUUCCUGCGAAGCACCGCAGCCUGCUCAUGGAGUACGUCUCUUUGGCUAAAACCAGACUGGCUGACCUGAAGGAGUCGGUGGAGGAAAUGGGUCUCUAUGAAGAUGUUUCUGGUGGAUCAGCGGAGCUAACAACGACACUUCCUCAGAGUCAGUCUGCACAGGAUGUGGAGAAGGCCGUGUCGCUGUUUGAGAGCACAGGAAGGAUCUCUGCCACGGUUAUGGAGGCCAGUAUUUUCAGGAGGCCGUAUUUUUUGACACGAUUUCUUCCUGCUCUGCUGAAAGCCAGAGUGCUCCCAGUGAAGCCCGACGCUCGGAUGAGUUUCAUCGAAGCUCUGAAAAAAGCAGACAAAAUCCCUUCUGCUCAGUAUUCAUCUUACGUGGAGUCCUGCCAGAGUCAAAGGCAGCAAAACAAGAGAGCCGAGCGUCCGAGCACCAACGACGAUCCUCUGGACAUCUUGAAGAUUCAGCUGCAGGAGGUCACCGAGGUGGUUGUAGGUGGAAACGAUGGAGAGAUCUCGGCCCAGCUGUCCAGGAUCUCACACACCCUGAGCGUCAUCUUCCCCGGUUGUCCCGACGAGCCGACUGGACGAACGCUCGUCACGCUCGACACAAAUGCUCUUGUGUUGAAUGAGCUUCAUGAAAAAGUCGUCAACGGGAUCCUGCAAAAUUUCUGUCAGUGUCUGUUAAUCGCUUCACGUUCAAAUCCUCCUGAUAAGCAAAGUUUCUGGGCCUCUAGAUUCAUCGGUGUGUUGCUUGGCAACACUCAGCUCCUCUCUAAGCUCCUACAUCGGCUCUGGGAUUUAUUCCACAACCAGGGAUCCUCUCUAAGUGCUGCACACGUACUCGGCUUGGCGGUAUUUAUGGUCCACCUUCAUGCCGCCACGUCCCACAGCCCUCUGGUCCAGCUGGAACCGCCCGUUUAUCCCCAGCCGGUAUCUCCUGCAGAAGCUCUCAGCUCAGCAGUUUUGUGCAACACGCGUUCGAACAUGCUCUUCUCUGCGAGGUUGUGUGUAGCAGCUGUGUGUUAUGGGAUCCACAAAGGAGGCUCGCUACCUCUACAGCAACAGCAGCAAUACGUUCCCAGCAGCCUCUUUAAAAAGCUUUUAUAUCUCGUUCCAAGGCUGUUGCCUGAAUCCAGGAGGACUUCAGCUGAUCCCGAGGAGGAGGGUCCGUGUCGUCUGUGGAGCAGCGUCACAGAUGAGAACCACACAUGGAGGAAAACCGCUCUGCACCUGUGGAGGCACGCUGCCCUCCAACAGCUAAAGCAGAUACCGCAGUAUCAGUUGUGUUUUUCAGAAUGGUUGGAUAAAGAGCUCAGUGUGCGAAGAAGUGAAGACAUCCUGUCUGAUUCGGAACGUCAGGAGCAUCAGCAGUGGGUCUGUUUGGAGCUUUAUCUGACUCUGCCUGAGGAGCAGGGAGGCUGUGGAGGAGACAUGAGGAGGCUCUGCUCUCAUCUGCUCAACGCGGUCCUGGACCAGCACUUAAGCUUAAACCUGGAGCAAACAGGAGCAGACACCUGUUCGCCAGACAUCCUGUCCAGAUUACAGGAGUUUGUUUAUGAAAUGGAAGUAACCAGCCUCCCAGGCGGCCGUGGACACAGCUCUGAUCUGUGUGACUUCCUGUUUGAGACUUUGUCUCAAAGAUGCUCCCACAGCAGGACUUCAGCUUCUGUUGGCAUCAGCACCGAGCUCAGCCUGCACACGUGGAACAGGGUGCUGCUCGCUCUCCCAGCUGUGUUGCUCUUCAAAGUAAAAGCUGAAGGAGGGAAGACGACUUUGGACUGCAGCAAGCUGAUAGAACAUGUCAACGAGCACCAGAGGAACGUGUGUUUUCCAGCCAGCGUGCUGCCCUGCUGCGUAACGGGACACUUUUUAAAAGGUUUGUUGUGUGCCAGCGUGCGAUGUGGACGUCCAGCUGAAGAAGUGAACAGAUGCUGGUCCCAGAUGAGCGGCUGCUGCCCUCUACUUGUGGUCUCUGCAGCGCACUGGUGGCAGCAGCUGUCAUCACCGCUGUUUUCCUUGUGGGGUCGUCUGCGUGAUGGAGAACCUCCUCCGGAGCAGUUGCAGCUCCUCACAGACGGUCAGCGCUGGGCCUGCAGUGUCUGCAGUGUGGAGAAAGGUCAAGAGAUGCCGUCAGCAGCAGCCCUCCAGCUAGCAGCCGGCCUUCAUCGCGCCCGCCAAGCUGGCGAGGUAACCGGCCGGAGCAUCGGUGCUGCUCUGACCUCACUGCAACCGGAAAAAAGUGCAAAACUCCAACAGGUGCUUGUUUUUCUGCUCUUCCUGUGUGUGAGAGACUACCUGUGUGCACUCACGUAUGCUCAGGAAGAGAAUCUUAAAAAAGCAAAAGAUGUCUGCACAGAACUCCUGACGGCGCUGCAGAACUCCUCUGACUGGCUCCUCGUCUUCAAAACAAACGAGCAAAGUCCGUAUCGGGCGGUAACGCUGAUGCAAUCAGACGAGCGUGCACGGCUGAUGCCCUGGGCUUUCUGCAGUUUGCUGCUGAACCAAAGUGUCCGUCUGCUUCAGAAGUUGGUUUGUUGUCCAGGUUUCCUGCACACGGCCAUCGCCUGCUACGUCUGUGCACUGCAGCUUUUCCUGGGAGGAGACGCGCCUGAGGAGCAGUUGGAGUCCCCCGAGAUGCUGAGUCACACCAAGAAGUUCCUCUUGGGCGUGAUCUCUCAGGCGUCCCCGACUGUGCUCUCCUCCAACCAGCUCAGACAGCUGGAGUCUCUGUGUGCAGAUCUGGACCCAGAGCUGGCAGCGGCUCUUUCAGUGACCCUUGACCCUCACAGCCUCAGCCCCGAGAUGGACUUUCUCUGACCUGCUGAGCUUUCCCUCCCAAAAACCUUCUAAUAAAAGGACACUCUUUUUUUUUUGCUUUGUAAAAAGACAAAACUUACAUUUUAUUUACACAACACACACUUUAACACACGUGUACAUCGUAAGCCGUUCCAACGCUGCAAUGCUGAGUAGUAAUAACUUAAACAGUGAAUUACUGCAUCAUCUGGGAGAUUCCAUGUGCAGGUGCCUGAAGGUGUGAGGCAACAUGAACAGGUGAAUCCAUGUGAGCUACACAGUAACGCAGCAACAAGGCGGUGAACACUUACAAACAUCACAGAACAGUAAAAGCUUCUGUUAACAUUCAA